CGAGAUUGACUUGUUGUUUACAGACGGGACGUGAGAAUGUCGUAUCUCAUGUACGGUGGUCUAAUAAUAAUCGUCGGGAAGAUAGUUCAGACUGCACCUCCCGUGGGAUCAGUAGUUAAAUGUCAUAGGCGCUCGAUCUCCGCGUAUUUUAUUACAACCACACUGGCUGAAGAAGUCUUCUCCACUUUAAAAUUAACAUUGUCCUAUUUUAGUUUUAACUGCACAUAACGAGGGCGUUCUUCGUAGUUCGUAAAGUUGUGUCCUCACACCUUACAGUAAGAGAGCGCAGAGAGAAUGGAAUCCCAUCCGCAUGGAUCAGGACCUGCCUUGCAGUUCACAAGUGGUUUUAGUGAAGUAUCUAGACCCGUCAAGACCUUUCAUCUUCGAGACAUCUACCGCCCCAAGCCAACCCCACAAAGGACCCCUGUGGCAAUACGGCCACCCAGCCCAAAACCAGGUCCUCCCCAGGAGCCCGUUGUCCGGCGUAGGCGGUCAUGCGAGCCAGAGCCAAAACCCAUCAUGAGGAGACGGGCUAAAUCCCUCUCGUCCUCCACAGAAGAGCACACCUGCAGGAACGUGCAGGUCCGCUUCGUAGAUUCGUUGGGAUUGGAACUGGAAGAUGUGAAGCUCUUCAAGGCCAGCGAGGACCCAAUGGUGCCGGUCCACGUCAUCACAAGACUGCUGGCAAGCUCUGAGCUGGCCUCCAGGAAAAAGCUGGAGCUCUCUCUACCCUACUUCCAGCCAUCCUUCCCUGACAACAUGCAUGCCGAGGCUGGUUUCCUCAAGCGCUUGUGCCAGCAGCGAGUUUGCCUGGAGCAGGUGUUUUGCUCUGAGCUGGGAAUUAUCGGAACCGUGCAAGUGCUGAACUUGGCCUAUGUGAAAGAGGUUACGGUACGAUACUCAUUUACGGACUGGAAGUGCAGCGCGGAGAGUAAAGCGAGCUGGAUCUCCACCGUCCACAGAGAUGGGCCAGAUCCGGAGUCUGACAUGUUUCGUUUUCACCUGCCUGUACCGCCGUUCAUCCUGCAACCAGGUGCCUUGCUACAGUUCGCCAUCUGCUACCGGGUCAGAGGAUUUGAGUUCUGGGACAACAAUGGUGGGUGUAAUUAUAAACUGACCUGCCAGACGUACAAAUUGACGGUCCCCAGAGAGUGUGAAGAUAGCCUGGUGCAUUUCAUUUGACUCUCCACUAGCCAUGAUCAGUGCUGUGAAAAAAGUGUUUGCCCCCAUCCUGAUUUUGUCUGUUCUUGUGUAUAUUUCAUACUAAACCUGAGUAAAUACAACUUUUAUUGAUUUAUUUUCAAUGAAGGUAUCCAACACCUAUCACUCCUGUGAAAAAUAAAUUGCCCCCUUAAACCUAAAAUCUGGUUGUGCCAACAUUAACUGCAUCCAGGGCCUUCCUUAGGGGGGUGCAACUGGUGCGGCCGCCGGAACGGCCCCCCCCCCCCAGAACGCGAUCUCGAACGGACCGAGGGGGGCUCCGCUCCCUAGAUCGCACCGGGCCCCGCAUCAGCUAAGGGCGACCCUGACUGCAUCUAAACGCUACAGAUUACUGUAGAUCCGUCUUUCACAGCGCUGUGGUGGGAUUUUGGCCCAUCACACAGUGUGGCCCCAUUGGAGGGUUUUCAAGCAUGAACUGCCUGUUUAAGGUCCUGCCACAGCAUCUGAAUUGGGUUCAAGUCAGGACUAGGCCACUCCAAAACUUUAAUUUAGCUUUUCUGAGCCCUACGUUUUCACAGCACUGUAUGUAUAAAGGGUCUUUAUAAUCAUGUGUUCAUCCCAAGCAUAGAGUACUUUAAUAUGUCACACUAAUGGAAUUUAUCUUAAAAAACGGCUCUAAUUUCAGUACUGGCUAC